AUGUAUGCUGAUUGCCAUGCUGUAAGUUCAGCGCGCAAAGUGUUUGAAGAAAUGACUGUUAAAGAUGUUGUCACCUGGAGCUCCAUGAUUGCUGCUUACGUGGCCUGCAACUCCCCUUUGGAUGCUUUUCGUGUCUUUCAUCAGAUGGGGCAGACGAAUGAAAAGCCAAACUCUGUCACUUUGGUUAGCUUGCUUUCUGCUUGUACUAAAAUGCUUGAUGUCCGUGCUGGUGAGUCCAUUCAUUCCUACGUUAUAAUGAGUCAAAUGGAAAUGGAUGUUGCAUUGGGAACAGCUUUGUUUAACAUGUAUGCUAAGUGUGGAAAAAUUGAUGAGGCCGUUGUCGUUUUCAAUUCAAUGGAUGGCAAGAAUUUGCAGUCCUGCACUGUCAUGAUGUCGGUUCUUGCUGAUCAUGGCAGACAUAAAGAUGUUAUCUCUUUGUUUAACCAAAUGGAGGAUAUGGGGCUGCAACCUGAUAGUUUGGUUUUUGCUGUGAUUCUCUCGGCCUGCAGCCACGCUGGACUCGUUUGUGAGGGGAAAAGGUAUUUUGAUCGGAUGGUGAGAAUGUAUGGCAUAAAACCGAGUGUUGAACACUAUGGAUGCAUGGUUGACUUGCUAGGAAGAUCUGGCUUGAUUCAAGAGGCAUAUGAUAUUAUCAAGGGCAUGCCUAUGGAGCCGAAUGGUGUUAUAUUGAGGAGUUUUCUGGCGGCUUGCAGGAAUCACGGGUGGGUUCCUAGUUUGGAUGUUGAUCUUCUGUCUAAACUGGAGUCUGAGUUGGGGGCGAACUAUGUGCUCACUGCAAAUGUUUUUUCCACCUUUGCUUCCUGGAAGGAUGCCAAUAACAUUAGGGUAGCCAUGAAACAGAAAGGGUUGGAGAAAGUUCCUGGUUGUAGUUGGGUAGAGGUGUGA